AUGAGUGAUCUCAAAAGAUGUUUAGAUGAUGACAACUUGUAUUUCACCAAUAUAAUCUCGAAGAAUGGUAGAAAUGAGGUACAGAUAUUUCCUAUAAAUAAGAAUGCAUCGGAAUCAAUCAUAUUAGAUUCAUUAAUUGUAAAAAUCGAAUUACAGGCAGAUGAAAUCGUUACAUCAUGCUGUUGGAUAAAUAAUUCUGGAAUAAAGAACUCUGAAAGAGUAAAGAAAAGAGGCAAAAGAAGACAAUCGUCUUCAGAAUCCGAUUUAAACGAAGCGACAUCGGACAAUAAGAAUUUAGCGGUUGCCUUAGAAAACGGUGAUAUAUUGAUCUUAUCACCUCAUAAUAAUGAAAUUAUUGAUAGAAUAUCCUAUGGGUCAAAGAUAAUCUGUUUGACGCCUUCAUUAAUUCAUGACUCUGUCUGGGGUGUUUUGGAAGAAAAUAGGUCAAUAGUUGAAAUAUCUUUGGCACAAAGUAAAGAGGUGAAGAAUUUUAAAUUUAAGGAAGAUGACCAAAUACAAUUAGCAAAGACCAUUAGACAGACAGGUGGGUCUUCGAGAUCUCAACAUAUAUUAAUAGGAUCCAAUAAUUUAUACUUAGUGGACCCAUCAAAACCCAAAAAGUCAUUGUUAAUUACGUUCCCUCAGAUGUCUGAGCCUUCUCCUAUUACUAUAAUCGAACAAUCACGUCUUAAAGAGAACUUGGUAGCUGUGGUAAGAGAAAAUUCGAAUCAGAUUUAUUUGUAUAAUACUUCAGAUUCAGCCAUAUUUACUACUUUUAAAAUUUCUACAAGCCAAAUAUAUGGUGUCCAAUUAAUUGCAAAUAAUGAUAUGACGGAAGAAUUUUUAAUGGCAAUCACAGCAGAAGGUGUUGAAGUAUUCAAAAUUGAUUUCGACUCUAAUAACGAAGACCAAUUACCAGCUUGUUUGAUUAAGACAAGUUUUCAUGAUUCAAUGGAUAAGAUUAUUUUCAUGGAUGUCUUUGUAAAAGAAAACGAUUUAAUUGGAGUUUGGUAUAAUGGUAAUGAGCCUAAAUUUGAAAGUAUUAAUUGGAAUUUUAAUUCAGUGGGUGAAAUACAAGUUUCCAUUGAUUAUAAUGAGAAAGUGAAUGGUGUCAUUGAUAAUAGAAUAGAUGAUAUUGAAUUUCCUGAAACUACUGAAAUAAAUAACCUUGCAGUUAGCAAGUUGUAUAAAGAUUUGGUUAAAUUAUUAAGCAUUUCUAAGAAAACGGACGAAAAGGUAAUUAAAUUAUGUUCGUCUAAUAACGACGAUGAUAAUAUUAAAGAAACAAUUAAGCUUUUUUCAACAUCAGAAUCAUCAUCAGAUUUGAUUACUAAAUUGUUUGAGAUUAUCAGCAAAGAAGUUGCAUCACAACCUUCUAAGAAUUCUGCAUUGUCAAUUUGGUUGAAAUGGCUAUUGUUAGUGCAUGGUGGUUCUAUUGCCAAGCAGCCAGAACA